UAGAAUCAUCUGACACAGUGACAUCUUCUGGCAACCGCGUGCGGUGGACGCCUUGUGGACAGGAAUAACAACAGAAGAGUGUUAUCAAGUUGUAGUGCAGUCAGUGUUCUGUGGUGUUCUGAAUCAUGCAUUUCAGUUAGUAGCCUCAUCCGUGGAACAUUCGGAUUCUGCGGUUGUGUUCAGAUACGUUUCGGCAUUCAACAUAGCUUGGAUCUAAAUAAACACUCAGAUUUAGAUCCGCAUUUGGCGCAAAUUCGCAUUACGUCAUUCCUAUUCUAGUGUGCUCAUAGCCUUGCAGGAAAAUGGUGAAAGUUAAUGACAAACGGGGCGAAGCUGUCUCUCCAGGAAAUGGCCCUGUCUCCGUGGAAGGCGACGGUUCUUUUGUAGUUCUAGAGCGAGACACACUUCAAGACUACAACAGAUCACAAUUUCCGAAUGGAGCUCACCCUCAUUUACCACAAGCACCCUUUGAUUCUCCAAGCAUAAUGAAUCAAACACGAGAGACCCCGACGUCAAGUUUCAUUCCGGGAUCCCUCCCUGACCUGAGCCCAGAAGAAAUACAGAGAAAACUUCAAGAAGUUUUGCAAGAGAAUGUUGAACUUAAAGAAACACUUCAUCAGAAUAACUUAGCAAUGAAGCAACAAUUCAACACCUUGGUUAUGUGGCAAGACGAGGUAUUUAAAGUUCAUCAGAGUCAUAAAGAAAAAUUCCAAGAAACGAAAGAACUUAUCCUGAAGUUAAAAGCAGAGAAUACUGAAUUGAAGAAUUAUCUUGAAAAAUGUGGCAGUUCAACAGAUACUCAGUUGAAGGCAGAAAAUGCAAAACUGAAGGGACAAAUAGCCGAACUGCAACAGAAACUCUCUGCCCCAAUGCCACGAAGAGACCAUCCUGCUGGAGCUCCCACAAAGAAAGAAGAGGAGCUGACUGACCUUGUGAAGCAGCUAAACACACAGCUGGAGACGGCGGAAAGAGCACGUAGGCAACUGACCAUAGAAGUGGAGAGCUUGGGUGCACGACGGAUAAGGGCCGAGAGAGAAUCUGCAGACUUGAAAGUUGCCCUGGCAGAGCAGACUCGGAAGUGUGUGGAAAUGGAGAAGAAAAAUGUGGAACUUGUCCAGAAAGUUGAACAAAUCAAGAGUCAAUUAAUCACACAGUUACAAAACCAAGAACAAUUUCUCCAAGAACUGCAGAAGAAAAUGCAACUUCAGCAGCAGCGGCUGGAACAAUUGCAGUCUCCUCCGAAACAAGCGCAACCUUCCCUUGGCAAAGAAGAGGAAGGAUUCAGAAGUCUGCUUCACCUCUGUGAAGAAAGAAUAAGGGAGCUUAAUUCUAUUUUAUUCAGGCAGACUGAAAGGUAUGCCAACCUUGACAAGUGGCUUCGAAACACAGCUGCUCAUGUUCGUCCAUGGCAACCAUCUCAUUCUGGUGAUGCUCAGAAUGUAACAAGCUUGAGAGCUGAAAUAGAACAGUUGAUGAAAUUGCUGGCCCAAGAAGAAGCUUACAGUAGGGAAAUGAAAACACAUCUUGCAGAAAAUGAAAAUAAUUUUCAAAAGUUAUUUGCUGAUUAUCAAGUGUUGCUCUCUGAAUGGGAAAACUUUCAUCAAGAGCAAAAAGACAAAGAUCGUCAUAAUGCUGAUUAUCAUAGUGUGCAAACUAGGGGAUUUUCAGAAAAGCUUGAUAAUCUGGUUGCACAAGUUCUUUGUAAAGAGGAAGAAAUAAAAGAAAAUGAAAAAGAAAUUAAAGAACUGAAAGAAAAGAUUAAGAAACUAGAACUGGAAAAUGAGGCUAUUACUAUCUUGAAAGCUCAGGUGGAGGUCUAUCAGUCUGACUUCAAUGCAGAGCGGGAAGCGCGUCAGAACUUGGCUGGAGAGAAAGAACGGCUGGCAGAGGAUUUGCGUCAUCUGCAAAGAAGAAAUCAACAACUUCUAGAUGAAAUGGAAGCAUACCAAAGAAAUCAAUUUGAUCAAGGCAGGAAUACUGGUGGAAGCAAUUGGGGCACAAUUGCUGCACCAGGUCGUGUCUCUGCUAAUGCCUCAUUAAAUGCUCCAACAAAUGCUCCAGCUCCUUUGGAACCGAGUCAGCGGAGGUCUCCUGAAAUAGAACCUUCGCCACCAAGGAGUGCAGAGGAGUCACAGCCUAUCUAUUACUGUCCCAAAUGCCAGAAGGGUUUCAAGUCGCUGCAGCCAUUACAAUUCCAUGUUGAAAUGUGCUUGGAACUAUCUCCAUAACAUGUCCUCGGAAGGACCUGCGUGAGAACAAAAGUAUCAGAAGCUAUUUUUAAUUAUUAAUUGGUAUUAUAAAGACGAAUUGGAUUAGGGAUUGGACGAGUAGGUUUGAAAAUGUUUACAUCAACAUUUUUUAAAAGAAAAAUCUGUCAGUUUUUAGGAAAAAAAGUGAAAUUGUUGAAUGAAGUAUGUGGUUUAUUGAAAGAUCAGUUAGUUUAAAAUGUUUGCAAUAAGAUCAUGAAUUUGUUGAUGCUUUCAGUUAUUCUGAUUUUCUGUAAUUGCUCGAGAAUUGAUUAUUGAAUUUUGAAAAAAGGUGUAAGGGGCAGAGUUAACAUUGAUUUUAGCAUUGAUUUUUACUUUCUCAAGUAUUUUUAUUUGUAUAAUUUCAUUUUUCAUGUUACCAUUUUUCUUUUAAGUAUUGUCAUUUCAAAUCACACAUUAAUCAGCAUCUUGUUUUGCAGUGCUUAUUUCAACUUAUUUAUGGAAAAAAAUGUAUGUGUUGUAAAUUAUGAAAAACUGCCAGCAAUUUAAGGGUUAUUUUCAUUCAGUGUGUUUAAAAACUCUUAAACCAGAAAACAAUUUUAUACCAUUUACUGUUUAAUUUUUUUUAUUGUAUUCAUUCUUAUUUCAAUUGUUAGUGGUUCUGUAUUUAUAAUUAACUUUUUGGGGUUUCAUAAAAUGUCUUUUCUCUACUAUUGACAACUUAAACUAUGUUAUUGCUUUUUAUUAAUUUUCAUGUCAUCAGAAUUUCGAUCUACAUGUUUUUGCUAUUGAUCUUGCAAUGCCCAAAAUCAUCUCUUUACAGGGAUGCAGUUAACUUCUUUAUUGUAAAUACAGUGACUGACCAUUGUUCAAGUGAUAGUUUCAAAAGACUGAUUGUGCCAUAACCUUGUAAAGAUUGUUUUAAAAGAUUUUUUUAUUAGGAAGUUAAGAAUUGUAAAUGUGAACAAUUCACUUUGAACUUGAUUUAACAGAUACAACUGUCUAGGAAAGGCGAUUGUUUUUAAUUUGAAAUUAUGGUGGUUGUAUAGCAAAUUACAAGUUUUCUUACAAAUAAUUCCUGAAGAAUUGAAGGCAUUUUUGAUAUGCAUUCACGAAAAUUAAACCAAUCAAUUCUUGUUCAUAUGUUUUGACAAUUCAGAAUAGAAGUUACUACCUUCUUAGAAAUAAUAUUCAUGAAUAACAUCUUUCUUUUCUCAAUGUGGACAUAAGGUUUUUAUGUCAUUCAAACAUAUUUUCUUUUCUAAUAAUUUCCUCAUUUUUGCUUUUUAAUUUACGGGUUAACUUUUCUAAAGUUAAAUUUAGUAUUGUUUGUAAAAUUGAGAAUAUUUGGUUAUGUAUUUGACUUGCAAUAGCAUGGAAAAUCAUUUAUACCUGAUAAUCCUAAGCAAGUUCUAAAAAUCAAAUCAAUCCAUUACCAAGCAAUUUUGUUGAUUUCAAAGCAGAAUAUGCUGUUGUAAGGAGGAGCCUUUACCAGUUCAUCCCUAGUGUUAAUUUUUGACUUUGUAUUUUUCAAUUGAAGUGAAACAUUUGUGUGAAUAAUUUCAAUUUAUUGUGACAAUUUAUCUUAUAUAUUACAUUAUAAUGGAUCUGAAGAAAUAUCUACAAAUAAUUUUUAUUAUUGUGAGUGUCUAUUUUAUAUUACUAAUGCUAACUAAACCAAAUUUAGUUAGAUGCUAGUUGAUAAAAUAAUUUCAUUAUUUGUGUGUAAUAUCAGGCAUGUUCAUAGUGUACAUAGAAAAGGGUCCCUCAUAUGAAUUAGUUUCAUAUACAGUAUUGUAAAUAAAAACUGAUUGUUAUUUAGAAAAAAUAUUCUUUUACUUUCUUCAUUGUUUGUAAAGUUGCCUACCCCUACAUUAACAAGAACUUAAGAAAUAGUAUUGUGCUAUUUUUGCAAAGCUGAAGUGUGCUUUUCUUCUAGUUUAAAUUGUUUGCUUAUUAUAAAGAGGAAAGAAUUACAAGAAUCCCAAUGAAUAUAAAUAUUGCACAAAAUAACUAAAAUUGACAUAUUUAAUAAAGAGACACAGUUGAAGAUGCAAGGGUUGAAGUGUAAAGUGUUAUUUACUUCUAAAAAUCCAUGGAACUGUGCUGUUAGCAGACCUGUGAGAAGUGAAUAGACUAAGAAUAUUUAGGAAAGAAAAAAACAAUCGCUCAAACUCUAGGUUAUUUCAGAAGAACUAAAAACUUGUAUUAAAUUAAUGUUCGUGUAUUAGGCAAAGACAAUUAAAUGUUUUUAUGUGAUGAGCAAUUACGUAAAUGUUUAAAGAUGAUAUGGAAUAUGGAAAUGGGAGGAUAAUUAAAUUGAUUAUUUGGAUU